AUGAAACCAUCGAGCGACUCUUAUAUUCCUAGUAAUGGCACGCCUCAUAAACAAUCCACGAAACCAGCUGUUCGCCCCGUUAUCCCCGUUGUCCCCGUUAACCAAGACGUGAAAGCAUACUUCGCUGAGGAAGCCCUCGAUAACUCCCAGCCGUGGCUUCUAAAUCCAGAAAUUCCAUCACCUGAUGAGAUAAUGGGAACUGGAUCUGAGACUGAGUUCGUUGACCUGCUGCCAAACCGGAUCGAGGGUCCCUGGGGCUCGAAGGAAGAGUAUCUGAAAGCCCACUAUGAGUUACUGAGAGAAGACGCAGUCGCUCCUCUACGGGACGCUGUAGCGUACGUUCGAGAGGAUCCAGAGAUGCGAGACACCAAUACCAUAUCAAUCUACGAGAAGGUGUACAUUGUAGGUAUUACUUUUACACAACAAGGCGUGGCGACUCGGAUUCAAUUUUCGACUAUUAGAUCAGGAAAGAAUAUUGUCUGGGAAUAUUCUAAGCGGCUAAGAUCAGGCACCAUUGUUGCUCUUUCUCCGGCGGAUGAUUCGUUCAGAAACAAAUGUGUUAUUGCUGUCGUGGCAGCCCGACCACUAAGUGGUAUAAAGCAACAUCCUCCAGAGAUUGACAUUUAUUUCGCGCGGCCUGUGGAUGCAGAGUUCGAUCCUCACCAAGAAUGGCUUAUGGUUGAAGCCAGAGAUGGCUACUUCGAGUCCAUGAGACAUACGAUGACAGCUUUGCAGAAAAUGUGUCGAGAAAAGUUUCCACUCGCCGAGCAGAUCUGCUUCCUCCAUCCUAAUACCGAUACUCCCGAGUAUGUCAAAGCAGAUCCAGUAGUGGACGUACAGUCUGCUAUCUGUCCACCUGGAGGAGAAGCCAAGGUUAAUAUCCUUGAAAACUGGCCUAAAUACCCAACAGGCGAUCUGGAUGCCACCCAAUGGAGGGCUUUACAGCAAAUGCUUACAAAAAGCCUUGCCGUUAUUCAAGGCCCUCCAGGAACCGGCAAAACAUUCGUCUCCGUGAUUGCAUUGAGGAUUUUGCUCUCUAAUAUGAAUCCAGGGGAUCCACCUAUAAUUGUGGCCUCGCAGACAAACCAUGCUCUAGAUCAGCUCCUGAGGCACGUUUCUCAUUUCCAGAGUGACUACAUUCGCUUGGGAGGCAGAAGUAAUGACCUUGAGAUUAAAAAGCGUACCCUUUUUGCCGUCCGACAAAAUGAACCCAUUGCAGCCAUCCAAGGCAGUAUUCUCGGACAGGCUCAAAGGCGAUAUAGUAAAUACCAUCACACAAUUGCCGAUCUCUUGCAGAACUUCAGUGCCGAGAACGAUGACACUCCCCUUCCACCUGAGCUUUUCGCAAAGUAUGGCCUACUGACCGCAACACAAUGUGACUCUCUUGCGAAGGGGGCAAAAGACUGGAUACGCCCCAACAACGAAGAAGAUGGCAACCCCUUACUAGCCUGGCUUGGAGAACAAGUGGUGCCAUUCGAAGUACACUACUCAACUGAGAAUUUUGGCUUCGAAGAAGAUGAGAUUGACCUGGAAUAUGAGCAGCUGAAAGAAUUAGAAGCCGAGCAAGGAAAUGAAGAGGACGACCAUGAAGUUCUCAAAGGACCGUUCAUUUGUAUUCGGGAAAGAUUCUGCGGACAAAAUACUUCAGCCUCCGAGGAGGCUAGCCGGAAGUAUCUGAGGGAGCCCGACCUCUGGAAGGUACCUGUCAAGGCACGUGGAGGAGUAUAUAAUACUCUUCGGAAGCUGCUCAAAGACAAAAUCAGGCCGAAGUUCCAAAGCUUGGUUACACUUAACACAAACAAUUGCAAAGACAUCCGCAUUGGAAAGUGGGAACGGGACAAUCACCUCCUCCGGGAUGCCAAGUUGAUUGGGAUGACAACAACGGGCCUUAGCAAAUACCGAGCUCUUAUAUCAAGCUUAAAACCCAAGGUUGCUCUGAUAGAAGAAGCAGCGGAAGCCAUCGAAGCACCGGUAGCAGCUGCCUGCCUCGAUUCUCUUCAACAUAUGAUCCUUGUAGGAGAUCACCAGCAGCUCAGAGGGAGUUGCUCGGUAAAGGACCUUCAGGGUGAACCGUUCUUCCUGGAUAUUUCAAUGUUCGAAAGACUUGUGAAUAACGGGAUCCAAUACGAGACUCUUAGAAGACAGAGGCGGAUGGCGCCAGAGAUACGACGAUUGCUGGAACCCAUUUACGGCGAGCUUCAUGACCACCAGUCAGUGCUCGAACGCCCAAAAGUACCAGGAAUGGGGGACGUACGAUCAUACUUCUUUUCUCAUAAUUGGCCAGAAAGCAGUGACAGCUUGUCUUCGAAGUAUAAUGAGAAGGAGGCGGAAAUGAUUAUAGGAUUCUUCAUGCACCUGGUGCUCAACGGUGUUGCAGUCAAGGAUAUAACGGUGCUGACAUUUUAUAAUGGCCAGAGAAAAAAGCUUCUCAAACUGUUCAAGGAGAAUUCCUACCUUCAGGGUCAUUUCUCCCAUGACCAAGUCAAAUGCACCGAGGUCUGUAAUCGACAGAUGCGAUGUGGCCACAGAUGUGACAAGCCCUGUUAUGAGAUUCACACCUGUUUCUGUGGGUGCCCGUUGAACUUCGCCAUCGAGUGUAACUCAGAAGCGACUGGGUCUCUGCGCUUUGGCAGGGAAGGAUGUAUAUUUGAGGAGGACAGUCACCGUCAGGCUGCCAUUCUCAGCUACCAAGCCUUUGCAAACGGUGGAUCCAAGGAACAGGACGAACGACUCUUUAGGAUGGCUAAUUCAAGCAAGUAG